AUGAGUGGUAUCAAAAAGAAAAAGUGCGAAAUAUGUGGAGUAAAAACUUGUCGAAUGGACGGCCAAAAAAGGGUAUUCAUGGCAAGAUUUCCUCUAGACGAAGAUCGCGACGACCAUCCGCGAGUCUACGCGUGCCUCUAUAGGUCCCAUAGCGGUAAUGCCGAAAUAGACCGACUCAUGGAGCAAGUCCAAACGGCUACAGAUUCUGUCCUGGAGCAGAUCCCAUCCGCCGAGAUUGUGGUACUUGCUGGUUACAUCGCCAACGCGAAUACCAGAUGUGGAAGAUCAUACACCUUCCCUGCUGGACCUUCUGCUGACCUCACAUCCAGACAGCUACUCGGUUUCCGUCGACGCCCCCUUGGGGUCGUCGGACCACUGCCUGAUCCGCGUCGCCCACGGCUCAAGCCAAAUGGCUUCCGCCGAGUGUGGCACUACAGGUCAGCAGACUGGGAUGAGAUGCGGUCCUUUUUUGCAUCCUACCCAUGGGAGCGAGUUUGCUUCAAGCUGGACAAUCCCGAUGCCGUUGCCGACUCUGUCACCGAUGUCGUGCUUCAGGGGAUGGAACUAUUUAUUCCGUCAUCUGUCGUGCCUAUCGGGGGCAGCUCUCGGCCCUGGUAUGGUCGAUCCUGCAAAUUAGCAGCGCGCUACAAGCAGGAUUGUUACCGAGCCUGGGCUGAAGCGUCAGCGGCUAGGGAUGUAAAUACCAGCCUGCUCAAAAAGAAGUACAACUCCGCCUCCAGGUCCUUCAAAAGAGUUAUUGCCAAGGCAAAGUCGGAACACGUGGCUAGCAUUGGUGAGAGACUGGUGAAACUUCCUUCGGGAACUCGUGCGUUCUGGUCUCUCGCCAAGGCUGUCCAGGGGAAUUUUUGUAAGCCAUCUUUACCAUCUUUGAGCAGGGGGGAUGACUCGUUGGCCCACACCGCAAAUGAGAAGGCCGAUCUUCUAGGCUCUCUUUUUGCGUCGAACUCGACUCUGGAGGAUAAAGGUAGCUCACCGCCGAAUAUCCCGUGCGGUGACACCUUCAUGUCCGAAAUCCAGUUUCGCCAGAGAUCAGUACGUAAAGUACUGCAUUCUCUGGACGUCCACAAGUCGAGUGGGCCUGACGGAAUUCCUCCCAUCGUGCUUAAGACUUGCGCUCCUGAGUUGGCACCGGUUUUAACGCGCCUGUUCCGGUUCCUCUACUCCUUAGGCAUCGUCCCGAAUUCAUGGAAGACUGCCAUAAUCCCCCCGAUCCCAAAGAAAGGUGAUAGCUCGGAUCCGUCCAACUACAGGCCGAUUGCCGUUACCCCUUUGUUCUCAAAAGUCAUGGAAACGACCGUCAAUUGCCAGCUUAUGAGGUACCUUGAGGAGCAUCAGCUGAUUAGCGAUCGGCAGUAUGGGUUCCGUCAGCGUCGCUCAGCUGGUGAUCUUCUCGCGUACCUCACGCAUCGAUGGUCGGAGGCUAUCGAGGGCAAGGGGGAGGCCCUGGCGGUUAGUUUGGACGUGGCCAAAGCCUUUGAUCGGGUGUGGCACAAAGCACUUCUUGCGAAGUUGCCUUCCUACGGGCUGCCCGAGAAACUAUGUGCCUGGAUUUCUAGCUUCUUGGAGGGUCGGAGCAUCAAGGUCGUUGUUGACGGUGCGUGCUCUGACCCGAAACCAAUCAACGCUGGUGUCCCACAGGGCGGUGUACUGUCGCCCACAUUGUUUCUUCUGCAUAUCAAUGACAUACUGCAAUUCAGCAACAUUCAUUGUUAUGCAGACGAUAGCACGUGUGACGCACUGACAUUUCAAUUCAAUCUAAUGCUGAAGUUCAUUGCCCACAAUUCUCAAAAUGAAACAAACUGGGUGGCCGUAGUCAGCAGUAUGAUGGAGAACAUGCCUAUUGAUUCUUAUACGAUUACUGCGAUCGUAAGUAUAAUGCGCGCUAUACCGAGUCCAAAUGUAACUACAGUUAACAUGCUACUGCGCGAGCGACACCAGUUGUCCGCACACCGCGCUGUGGGGACCUACCUUUGUAUUCGAAGAGAGAACAACAUCUGCGUUGUUCUCAACUGCUUAGUGGAGAAGUUGAUAAAUAGUAGAAAUCAUAAUGACCUGGAGUUACAAAUGAGAGCUUUACUUGCACUUGAAAAAUUUGCUGUCACCAAAGAAAAUAAGGCAAAGAUAUUGGAAAAACUUGCACAAGUAAACAAAAAUCAUUUAACUAAUUUGGAGAUGUUCCUUGCGGAUACUGCUAACGAAUAUUCAGUUCGCCGUGAAAUUGGAUAUUGCGCAAGAUGGGCGCUGGAUAAUAUUUUUCCGAAACCAGGCAGACAGUUGUCCUAUGAUACAGUGGACAUAACAACUAUAAAUGGUAUGCUUAAAAAUGAUAGUGGAAAUAUCUAUCUGAAGUACUCACCGGAUCUUAUGGAAAUUAGGAAUGAUACCAUAUUGUCUCAAACACUACAUGGGACCUGUGAGGUGGAGGAAGGAGCAUGGUUCUACGAGAUUACCGUGGUCACCAAGGACUCCAUGACAAUUGGCUGGGGAUGUACCGGCGCUGACACGGAAAAUAAAGUUGGAUAUGAAGAAUUUUCGAUAGGUUAUGAAGGCAAAAAUAAGUUAUUAUGGUAUUAUAGAGCACCACAUGAGAUGGGUCUGGGAAGGUGGAGGAAGGGUGACGUGUUAGGUUGCCUUCUCGAAAUUAAUAACAAGACGAUCAAUUUCUUUCUGAAUGGGAGACAUUCCAUGAUCAUUUACCCCGAUUUCUUUUCUCCUACAAGGCAACCAAAGAAAUUCUUCCCGGCGAUUACAAUGGCGCCCUUCCAACAGUGCAUCGUGAACUUGGGCCAGAAACCUUUCCGCAGCGCGCCGGAGGGCGUACACUUCUCCGCGCUCAGCUCUGUCGGACAACUCACUCCGCAGCUGAGGAUGAUUUACGGAAUGCCGCGCAGUGCGAUGCAAGAACGUCAAGCGUCGUUCAAUGCGAGCGAAGACGCGUGCGACAUUUGCUGCGACCGCGCCGUCGACGUCACGCUGCAUCCCUGCGGCCAUCGUACACUUUGUCAUGAAUGCUCAAUGAAGCUCAAGACGUGCCCUGUGUGUAGGGCUCCUAUCGCUCAAAGGCGUUGAAUUUACUUUUCAUAUUUUUUUACCUCAAACAUCACCACAAUCUCAUAUUG